AUGGACCCUAGCACAAUAAUCCUGGUCCUAGGCGGUACAGGGAUGCUUCUGCCUGCGGUGCGCGGGUUGCUGGAGUGUGGCCACACAGUUGCACUGGUUGCUCGCCGCCCGCAGCAUGCUGGUGUGCAUCCCCGCCUUCUUCCAAUCCAUGGUGACUGGAUUGAUGCGAACGGGCUUGCAAGAGGAGUGCGGGCUGCGCUGGGCACCGCUCGACCGUCUAAAGCAAUACUUUGGGUGCAUUCGCCGUACAAGGCUGCAGUGUAUGCUGCCCUCGAUAGCUUACUAUCCCCAGAUGCUGUUGUUGUGGAUCUUACUGGAAGUGCUGGCACAUCGCCUCCGAUAGCCCAGAUUCCUGAGCCUUUUUGCCAGCCGCGGCAGUACCGCCAGGUAGUGUUGGGUUUUAUGGGAAAACAUGGGAGGCCAACCCGCUGGCUGACAGAUCAAGAAAUCUCAGAUGGCUCCUUAAAAGCCCUAGACACUCCUGGCUCGCCACAGGUUGUGGGCCGACUUGAGCCUUGGGAUGAGAGACCAUAA